AUGAGUGUCGACAACAAUGGACAACAAUUGCCGACCAUUUAUUGUCCAACAGACACCAUAGACGUCAAUGAUGAGAACGUCAUUAGGCCGGAAUUGGUGGCCAACAAUUCGCCGGCCAAAGCGCACAAACAAAAGACAUCGAGCCGAGAGCCGGACCUGAAAGGGCUGACACCCAUUGUCGACGUGGAUAUGUUCCGCGAGGCUCAGGCCCGGCGGGCCGAACUCAUUCAGGAACAGUUGGUCACCGAACUGCGCCGAACCGGCGCUCAACAGGACACUAUACAGUGUGAUAAUAAUACCACGAUUGAUAUGGCAGAUCAACGAAAACAGCAAGAAAUCGAGAAAUGCAUCAAAAAGGUGGCCGAAGGGGUCGAGACGUUUGAAGACAUCUGGCAGAAGGUCCACAACGCCAGCAAUAGUAACCAAAAGAAGAAAUAUGAGGCCGACCUCAAGACGGAGAUUAAGAAACUACAGAGGCUCAGGGAUCAGAUCAAGACAUGGGUGGCCUCGAGUGAAAUUAAAGACAAACGACAGCUCUUAGAGAAUAGGAAACUAAUUGAGACUCAAAUGGAA